CUCCGAAACUUUUGUUUGUAUACAAACCUCUAAAAGCUGUUUUGGACAAGAUUAAACCUCCAAUACGUUUGUGUGCGGAUUUCUAACGUUGAACGGGAAAUAAUUCUUCAUACAACGAGUUCCCUAUAUUGUGUGGUGUGCUCAUAGACCUGCAGUCAUGGAACAUCGUUUUGUGAUGGCAAUCUUGCAAUGCUUCUUCCUAAAAGUGCUGUAUACCCACGCUGACAUCAAUGAGUACCGCCUGGUAAACAAGCUACUUGGGUCAUACGACAAGAGAAUUCGUCCCUCCCUUAAUGCCUCCCAAGCUCUCAAUGUCACGUUCGGCCUCGCCCUCUCCCAGAUCAUAGACGUGGACGAAAAGAACCAGAUAUUAACUACAAACUGUUGGUUAAAUCAGAUGUGGAUAGACUACAGUCUGCGGUGGAACCCGGAUGAGUACGGUGGAAUCAAGGUUGCACGUCUUCCUUACGAUAGUGUAUGGCGGCCCGAUAUCUUUCUCUACAACAAUGCUGACGUGUCCACGUAUUUCUCCUCAAUCAGCUCCAAUAUCAUCGUAACCAACGACGGUAAUAUCACCUGGCUAUCCAUGGUCAUCUUUAAGAGCUCGUGCUCCAUCAAUGUAAGAUAUUUUCCUUUUGACGAACAGAACUGUUCGAUGCAGUUUGCGUCAUGGACGUACGAUGGAUUUCAGGUCAACCUCGUUCUGAUAACACAUGAAGGGGACAUCUCAAACUACAUUCAAAACAGCGAGUGGGAUUUACAGAAACUCUAUGUUGCACGUAAAGUCGUGUAUUAUUCGUGUUGUACUGAACCCUACCCGGAUAUAACGUUUUAUAUCCACAUCCGGCGUCGGCCAUUGUUUUAUAUAUUUAAUAUGGUGAUGCCGUGUAUCCUUAUCACACUGGUGGCGUUGUUGGGAUUUUACGUCCCGUCCGACUCCGGGGAGAAGGUUACCAUGGGAAUAACGACACUCCUUUCUAUGACGGUGUUUAUGAUGUUAGUAGCGGAGAACAUGCCUCCAACCUCAAACGUCCUUCCUUUACUGGGGAUUUAUUACGGUAUCACAAUUUUCAUUGUAUCCACGGCGACUGGUAUGACAGUGCUGACCUUGAACAUUCACCACAAAGGUUAUCGAGGACGAGAAGUACCGGAAACCGUGAAGAAGAUAUUUUUUGGCGUGUUCGCCAAAUUGUUUUGUAUGCGCAUUGAGUACAACGAUGUUAACAGGAAAGGAAAGAUUUUCACUCCCUCCGAUUACCCCGGUAAUGGUGUCGGGUCAGCCUAUAUACCUUACAAGAUGACCAGCGAACCGGACACUACCAGGCCGCAGUAUCGACUAUCUACUGAACCCCCAGACAUGACCAUGCACUCGCCAUACAGAAUGGCUACUGAUCAUCCAGAAUUGCUCAGACACAAGUGCCGCCUGACCAGUGACCCUGACCUGGCCAACAAACACAAGUAUAGACCCCCAUCUGACCCGGAUAUCCAGCGACCACUCCUGGGGUACCAUGGAGUGUCGGAACAGACGCCAACAAGAAAGAUAGAUCUACAUGCCGACAAAGAGGCCAAGCAGAGUAACGGAACUAUUCCGAACGUACCGCCUAUACCCCCUUUACCGACCAGGCUACCAGCACCUUCCGCGCAAUGUAGUUCUGGCAGCUCUUCUGCGUCCGCCACCAUCGAGUCAUUCGAAACACAUUUUCAUAAAGUUUUACAGAAAGUGUACCAGACAAUUGAAACGAACGAAUUACGAUUAGUCACUCAGGACCGGAAAGACGUCAUUAAAAUGGAAUGGCAACAAGUGGCGCAGGUGGUGGAUCGCAUACUGUUGUCAGCGUUCGUCCUAGCGACGCUCGUCAUCACCUGUGCUGUUAUGUUCCAAAAGCCGCCCCCUCCAGAAUAGUUCCCGCAUUACAUAUCAAUCAUAGAAACGAUCAUGGUUUGGUGGACGUAACGUCAAACCGGAGUAUUCAAAUCUUAGUUGAUUCGAUAGUCGAUAGUGCAAGUUAGAAAGGUUUCAAUUAGAAAAAACCUCAUUGUGAUGACCGUCUCUUCCAUUCAAAGUAUCUAAGGUAGUGCCGACAUUUUAUUUUAUAUCGAGCUUGGUAACGAGUAAAGGUAUCUCAGCUAUUUACCUGUUAAUCACUGUUCAUCAGAUGUACAACACAUCCAUACACUUGUUUCUUAACAUCAUUCGUAGAAUAUGGAAAUUGAACUUGAAUCUUAAACGAGUGCAAUUGUUUUAAAACAAACAAAAUAUUAUAUUAACAAUCUGAACAAAAUAUAAGGUAUGCACAAAAACAUACCAACAUAUACAGCUAACGUUUAAGCCAACCAAUAUACAGGAAGAGUUAUCAGAUCCUUGUGAAAAGAAAUACUUGAUUCAUAUAAUUUUCAACAGAAAAGUCCCCUAAACAACCAUACAAUGAUCACGACACGCGGUCACUUACACCUGUUUAAUGCGACUACAUGAUCAAGACAUUUUAAGCCGAUAAGGUCACAUGAGGAAUUGAAAUACAAGGGUGUUUCAGAGAACAGUCAAUGUUGGACUGAAAACAAGUUUGACAAUGAAUGCACUUUUAUAUCAAAGAAGGCAAUACUGGUCACUAAGCAAACAAAGAAUACACUAAAAUAUCGGUACUUGAUUAAAUAAAUUAAUAAUAAAUAUAUAACAUUUAAUAUAGCGCUCUAUUUACUGUAGCUAGA